GGGGCCACUGGCGCCAUGUCAGGCCACUUGGUGUGGGCCAAGGCCCGCAGCCAGGCCAAGGAUGACAUCAAAAAAGUGAUAGUGGCAAUCAAGUGCGUUCGAAAAUGGGAGAAGUGGGUGACCGUGGGAGACACAUCCCUUCAGAUAUUCAAGUGGGUCCCUGUGGCUGACAGCAAGGAGAAAGAAAAGUCCAAAUCCAGUAGUGCUGCUGUCCAGGAGCCCAAUGGCUUUCCAGAUGAAGCUGUGGCCAAUUCAUCACUCCUCUUGGAGUUCCAGGAUGAAAACAGCAAUCGGAGCUCCUUGUCAGAUGCCUACCAACUCAAGGCUGACAGCAGCCCCGCCUCCAGCCCCAGCCCCCAGCAGAGCAAGUCAAUGAGCCCCACUCACACCUCUGACUUCUGUGCUGAUGACUCACAGCCGCCCACACUGGGCCAGGAGCCAUUGGAAGAACCUGCCCUGCCUCCCUCUGAAGUAGCAGACGAGCCCCCAACCCUCACGAAAGAAGAGCCAGUUCCUGUGGAGGCUCAGGCAGCCAGAGGCUCAAAGAGUUCUAUUGUUGAGUUUUAA